CAUUGGUGGGACAGAUGGACGACAGGAUAUUACUGCUAGUGUGUGUGUACAGUAGAGAGUGUAAAUCUGAUGGGUGGAUUAAUCCGCUGAUAAGGUCAAAGUUGACUCCUUAGACUUUUGUGUCUGAUGUGCUGAAUUGUCACAGGGUUCUGGUGCUUGGACUCCACCAGUGUUCUUUUGUUACAGUACAUUUAUCCACUAUUGGUGCAUUGUUCUGUAACAUUACGUUUUCUAGGAUUACAAAAUAAAAACAGUAAACCAGAGCUAAGUAUACUCUAACAUUGGCCCUUUAAAUUAGACUCCGCUUCAUCUUGUCUUGUAUUUAAACCCCAACACUCUAAACAGAAGGAAAACAUAUGGCGACCGUGACCAAUUAUAUCUCUGAAGAAUGUCACCUUGCUUGAAGUAUUGCAGUCUGUCGCAUCAUGUUGGAUUACGGCGCCUGUGAAGCAUAUGGUGAACACAGCCCUGUCAUCAAGCUCAUGGGCCAGGUGAAAGCCAGCUCCGGUUUCUGGUAUCCACUUCUGCUUUUUGCCAUUUCUGUCCAACCACUCGUGGAAACUUGACUUUCUGUGGUUCGGUUGCGUUUCAGUUUGUGCGUUCCUGCCUUUUCUUCUGCUGCCUAUUAAGAACAACAAAGCUCAGACAGUUCGGAGGCGUGCGCGGGUUUGGACAGAGGCGAUCUAGAGGCGGAGACGGGGAGAGCGAGCGAGUCGGACGGUGUGGUGAGUAACGAGGGAGCGAGACUGCGUCACAUAGAGAGAGAGAGACAGAGGGGAAGUGUGUCGGCCUGCCCUGCCUCCGUCCCUCCCUCUCUCCUUCCUAGCGUCAGCAGCAGUUAAAAUGUCGGCUGUGUAGCUCGUCCUCUCUGCUCUGCUUUCUCUCCUUCUGGCCAUCUGUCUUUCUCACCACAAGAGGAAACCUCUCUCACUCUCACUCACUCUCUCUCUAUCUCUCUCUCUCUCUCUCUCUCUCUCUCUCUACUGCGCCUUUUUUUACCCUCGUCAUCCUUUCUUUUCUUUCUUCCUGUCUGUCCCCUGCUUGUUGGAUCAAAGCUAGUUUUGUCAAGUGCUGCUUCUUCAGAGACAGUGCUGUUUGACGCUGUUUGGAGACUAGGACUUGAGGCGUUUAAGCCACUGGUGGGGAAGAGCCUGUUUUCAUCUGUUACAGCGGUGGAAUUCUUGUUAGACCGACAGCUGGACUUCCUGUCUGACCAUUCGUCCUACCAGCCAUACCAGGAUGAGGUGGACAGCCAGAAUCCAGUGUUGAGAGACAACCCACAGCUCCACGAGGAAGUGAAGAGCUGGCUGAAAGACCAGAAAGUGCAGGAAAUUUUUAUGCAAGGGCCCUACUCCUUGAAUGGCUACCGCGUGCGUGUGUACAGACAGGACUCAGCCACCCAGUGGUUCACUGGCAUCAUUACACACCACGACCUCUUCAGUCGAAACAUGGUCGUUAUGAAUGAUCAGGUGCUAGAACCUCAAAACGUGGAUCCAUCGAUGGUCCAGAUGACCUUUCUGGAUGACGUGGUCCACUCCCUGCUGAAAGGAGAAAAUAUUGGCAUCACAUCCAGACGAAGGUCACGGUCCAGCCAGAACAACAACACUGCCCACAUGGCAGGAGGGAGACCCGGCGGGACCACUGGCAACACUCAGAGUCAUUAUACGCGAGCCCAAGCCAACAGUCCGCGGCCCAUAAUGGUUUCAUCAGGCCCCAACCCAAAAGGUUCCCAGGGAAUGGUUUCUCAGCAGCAGAACCAAUCGCAGCAAAGCCAGCAGUCGGCCAGCCAGUCACACCACUCGCCUGGUGGCAGCGGACGGGAGCAGAGGGAACAGCGAAACGCUCGCUCUUCCAGGAGGAAAGGCUCUGACAGCAGCGUUCCAGAGGAGGACAAGGACAGGAGGGAGGAGCCCACAGGCAGAGAAUCAAAGUCCAAGGUGAAGCAGAUGGUGAACAAACGCAGGAAGGGCGAGGAGGAUGAAAAGAAGGCAGGUCUAAAGCGGCUGAAGACUGAAAUCACGUCGGAUAUGUCAGAGAGCAGUGAUUCAGAAAACCCACACAACAAGGGGACUGCCCACUCCUCAUCCUCCUCCUCCUCCUCCUCAUCUUCGUCGUCGUCCUCCUCCUCUUCCUCCUCGUCAGAACCCAACUCGGAGAAUGAACUAAAGACUCGUAACACUGACGUUAAACCGAGUGUCAUCUCAAAACUGGAGGACGAUGAAAAACAGUUGAUACAGGGCGCGAAAAUGAAUGACUCCUUGUCGCUCAUUGGUCGGCUGUCGCCGUGGGCGGAGCUUCAGGCAGCAGAGGAGAGCAAGAAGAGCGUAGUUAAGGAAACGAGCAAAAUGAUAAAAAAGGAGGAGGAGGAGUUGGUAGCGGUUACACAGAUUACCCAGUCUCCACGGCAACAGACACCUCUGAUGUCUGACGUCAUCCAGGGCGGCAUAAUGGAGAACAGUAAAAACACUGUGAAAGCGUCCCCUCGAUCCCAGACGCCGUCAUUCUCCCAUCUCCAUGGCAGUGGAGUCAUCGACAUCACCGAUGACGCUCAGGCAACAGUGCACCGUGAGAGCUCGGAGGCAGUGUCGGCGCUGCUGGCCUCCCAGAAUGCAGAGUCCACUGCUCUCUCACCCUAUCUCCCCCUCAAUCCUUCGCCGGUCUCCUCACCUCCCGUCCCGGCCUCCCCCUCGCCAUCAGAAGGAGGUCGCAGGACCGACACGGAGACUCCGGUACAGCAUCUACAGCAGCAGCAGCAGGAAGCUAUGGGUGCUGGCAUGGCGGCGGCCAGGAGCUCAGGCAACAAGGCAGAGUUUGCUCCCUCAGAGGUCAUCAGACCUGUCACAUCAAUCGCUGAUAAUGCGGUGCUGGUGGAGAAGGAAAAAACGGACCUUCCUCAUCAUCUUCUUCAACAUCUUCAGCAGCAACACGCACAACCACAACAACACUACUCAUCUAUCCACCCCAGUAUUAAGAACCUGGCUUCAUCUGAAGAAGCAAGAAAACACCCUCCGCAGCAAGCGUCCCCCCACAAGAUGAACACUGUCCUCCCUGCUGACCUAAGCAAAUCCAAAAUGAGUCCCAGCCCAAACUCCAACCCCUCUCAGCUUGACUCCCUGAAACAGAAACCCAGGCACCCCAACAACUCCCAGAGCCAUCUUUACCCCAGUUCAAAUCCAGGUGACCUUCUCAAAGCUAAACCCCACCCGGCCCUGCUGGACAUCGCCAAACCCAAACCCAACACCUCCCCAGAGGUCUCAAAACAUAAACUACCAAGGUACACCUCUCCACCGCCGACCGGCCCUUCUGCUAAAGCAGAAACACCAGAGCCGCGGUCCAGCUUCAAGCCUGUGCACGCUCGGUCGGAGGCUGGCGGAGUGGGUUCGAGCAGCACCAGCACAAAGAGUCCGCUGAUUAUAGAUAAGAACGAGACCUUCACCGUUUAUAGGGACCCGGCACUGGUCCGCUCUGAUGCAGAGAACUCGGCCUCUGUUACCGUCACCUCCAACCACGUGGCAGCCUAUCUCCAUCCACACCUGCACACCCUGCAUUCCCCAUCUCCCCACUCGCCUUGCCUCACCCCUUCAAGCCACGCCCACGCCACUUCCCACUUACUCGCUGCUUCCCACACCUCCGGCCUACCUCCACACCCUCACCUUUUGCCGCCGGGGGUGCUUUCGGCCAUGCCCCCUCCCUCGGCGUCUCUGCUUGGGGGCCAUCCUCGACUCGACUCCUCCAGCGGGCUGAGUCAUCUCACCUUGACGCACCCAGCGGCCACACACCAGCAGCAGUUCCUACAGGGUCAGGGCCCACCUCCACCAUCUCUACUAGCACAGGCUCACAGCGGGGCAGCAGGGCUUGGCCUGUACCCUAUUCUCUGGCAGUACCCCAAUGGAACACCACCCUCCUACCCUCCAGGACUCAACCUGUCUCCCGCAGCUAAAUGGGUCCACUCUGACAGUCCUGUCCCCUUAAAUUCAGAUUCCUCUCUAAGGAGGAACACAGCCAGUCCGUGGCUGCAUCAGGCUGCCGGGAGCGGUACUGGUGACAGUCUGGGUUUACUGAGCCACGUUCCGGUCCGGCCUGCCAGCGCUGACGCCCACCGCCCCCUGGUCAAGAUGAACACGCACACAAGCCCUCCACUGUCAAAGUCCAACAUGGAUGCUCAUAAAGACAGAGAGGUGGAUAAGAAAGGCUUUGUGGACCCGAUCAGGACACUGACGUUGGCUCACCUGAAACGGGAGCAGACGGACAGGAGUCGAACCCCUACAGGGAAAGACAUGCAUUUAAACCGACUGCUCUUAGACCCCCACAGCAAGAGUCGCCUGGCAAAUACUCAGGAUGCCGUUCAGGCAGCCGAGCGAGCGACUAAAUACAAAGAAGAAAAUCGUCAAAUCCUAAAGGAGAGCAUUGAAGUGGCUCCAUACACGGCCAAGAUCCAGCGCUCCAGUGACCCCGGGCUGGACAGGGACAGGGAACGGGAGAGAAACAGAGAGCCCACCUUCCCUGUCCGGAUACCGGCUCUCGCCUCCCCCAGCCCCAAGGCCAGCCACCCCCACCCCCACCCCCACGUCAUCCAGUCGGAAAAGAGCAACUACUACAUGACGCUGUCCAACAGCGUGGUGAAUGAGCCUCCGAGGCUGUACUCCUCCAAGGAACUCAGCUCUUUGUAUGAGAAAGUGUCUGCACCGGGUGUUGUGGCUGCGGUGCCCAGCCAGGGCCCACUUCCCCUGGGCAGCUACAGCUCCAAAACCUCCCUUUCUAAGCCCCCUCCCCUCAUUAAGCACCAGCCAGAGGGAGGAGAGGGUUUAGCAGGGAAAAUCACCGAGCAGCUGAGCCAACAGGUGACGUCGGUCCAGCAGCAUCAGCACCACACGGGUGCGGACAGAGUGGAACGCCGCAGCCCUGCCAUUUCUCCAUCCUCCAUCUCCUCAGCAACCAACCACCACCACCAUCACCACCACCACCCGCAGCAGCAACAGCAGCAGCAACACCAGCAUCGGGCUAUGCCGUCCCUCCACCGAGCGCCCGUCUUCCACCCCCCCACACAGCUGGCCCUGGAACGGAAAGAGGCGGCCGAGCGCGAGAAGGAAAGGGAAAAGGAGAGGGAGCGAGUGGGUUACGGGGGACGCCUGUCUCCGCCAACCCUCACACCCAUUCAGCCCGUUAGCUUAUUAGCCGCUGGUAGCAAAACGUCGGCGGAGCAGCAGAAACCUCCCACGCUGCUGCCUGAGCUCAGGGAUGUCAAAGGUCACGGAAACGCCGCCAUAGUCACGUCUGUGGCCUCUGCGGACGUCACGACUUCAUCAGCAGACGGGUGGAGAGCCGGGGAGGUGAUCCAGGAGAGACGGGGCUUGUACUCCGGGGACAAAGGAGUGCUGAGAGGAAAGCCCCAGGCAGCCAUGGCAUCGGUCAUUGUGCGUCCGUCGACAUACAUCAAGUACGACAACCCUAUCAGUUCUAACAAAUCUGGUGCUGUGGUCCAUAAGGAGCUCGCACAAGGAAGGUUUUACCCUUCCAAGCUUCAAGGGGAAUGUCCUAGGCUAGGAGAGAGUAUCAGAGAACCCGGAACAGGCAGGGUCAUCCAGCCUAACGUACACCUGGACGAUUCGUGUGUCCAGUAUAAAAGGAUUUCUGAGAAUGUGUGCAGCAUACAGGGGACUCUCGGAGCCAGUCCCACGAACUCUGUGUGCAGAACUGCAGUUUCGGCCCCAUCAGCGUUUGCCAAGCAGAGUAAAAGUGGGACGGCCACUCCAGAGCUGGGCUACUCAUUCCUAGCUUGGGGCGAGAUCGCAGGCCAUAAAGCUGCGAGCGGUAACCGGGGGCUGAGUCAUUCAGGACCGGGAGAGCAGGAGGGCUAUAGCUCACGCACCACAUCACCAGGAGGGUCGUUGCCACCCCCUAGUCCAUCAGGGACCCCCUACCCCAGUCCGUGUCUCACUCCCACACCUGGCUCUGUUUCUGGCUCCGGCCAGCCUUUCUCUUCUUCCUUCGUUCACCUCAAGAAGCACAAAGCUGCACUGGCUGCAGCUCAGUCCAGAAGCACCCCUGCUCCCACACCCAUCACAUCUGGGACCUCCUCCUUGACGGUGGAUUCAAUUCACACAUCUCCACCUUUACCCACCUGCAGCCAAGCCUCCGUGUCCCUGGUAGACAGUAGUAGCAGUGCCUCUUCAAGUGGGACCACAACAUCAGGCAAGUCCAGUCCCCUGCCGAACGGUCAGCCUUUGGGUUCGGUCUCGACGAACAGCAGUCAGCCCAUCAACUAUCACAAGUUGAAGAAAGCCUGGUUGACCCGCCAUUCAGAGGAGGACAGGAACACAACUGCUACCAUAAUCUCCACCAGUAUAAAACCAGAGAAACCACCUAGCACCACCACCACCAGCAUAAACAACACAAGUAACACAACAGCCAUGUCAGAAAUGAUCAAGCCCUGUACAGUCAACCUCAGCGCCUCCACCUCCAGCGAGGUGGAAAUGAGCAAAGAGACUUGCAGCAAAGGUGAGAGAGAGAAGCAGCCAGAAGAAAAGGUCGGGGGAGCGGCGGCAGCGGCAGCAGCAGGAGGAGGAGGAGGAGGAGCGGGAGGAGGUGGGGAGGAAAGGAAGGCAGCUGCUGAAUCCAGAAGAGGGAACAAGCGGCCGUACGAGUCCGGGUCAGAGAGCGGCGGCGACUACUCUGACACCAGCGAGAGCAAGAUGGAGGGACGGGCCAAGCGCCAGCCCAAACCCACCUACAAGAAGAAGCAGAAUGACAUGGCCAAGCGGAAAGGGGACAAUGAAAAGGAUGACGACGACGUCAAGCCCAAUGGAAUCUUCAGAUCCGCUCGUGAGAAGACCAAACUGAAGCUGGCCAGCAGCAACGGAAUACCGCGCUCGGUGCUGAAGGACUGGAGGAAGGUCAAGAAGCUGAAGCAGACGGGGGAGUCCUUCCUGCAGGACGACUCGUGCUCGGAGAUCGGGCCCAACCUGCAGAAGUGUCGCGAGUGCCGGGCCGUUCGCAGCAAGAAGGGCGAGGAGCCGACCCACUCCCCCGUCUUCUGCCGCUUCUACUAUUUUAGACGUCUUUCCUAUAGUAAAAAUGGAGUCAUCCGCAUGGAUGGCUUCUCCACUCCGGACCAGUAUGAUGAUGAGGCCCUGGCUCUUUGGGUCCCAGGGGUGAUGGAGGAGAGAACCCUGGACCAAACCACAGCAAAGUACAUCCUAAGCUUCAUUGGAGACAAGUUUUGCCAGAUGGUUAUGACCGAGAACACUGCAGCUUCGUGGGUGAAGAAGGACGCCAAGCUUGCGUGGAAGCGAGCAGUGAGGGGGGUGAGGGAGAUGUGUGACGCCUGCGAGGCAACGCUCUUCAACAUCCACUGGGUCUGUCAGAAGUGUGGCUUUGUGGUCUGCCUUGACUGCUACAAGGCCAAGGAAAGAAGGAGCUCCAAAGAUAAAGAACUGUAUGGUUGGCUGAAAUGUGUGAAAGGACAACCCCAUGAUCACAAACACCUGAUGCCAACGCAGAUCGUACCGGGCACAGUUCUGUCAGAGCUGGUGACCUCCAUGCACUCUCUGCGUGAGAAACACAACAUCUCCUCCCACUGUGUCUGCACGAACAAGCAGAACUUCAUCACCAAACUACCAGCGACCAAUGGAGUCUCACAGGUUCUCCAGAAUGUCCUGAACCGCAGUAACAAGCUGUCCCUUGUGAAAGCUGAGCCAGGCUCACUGCAGAACUCAGAUCAAGGAGGAACCAAGGCAGAAACCAACGGCGGUGGCGGCUGUGGAGGCUGCAGUCCAGGCAGCGACGGAGAAGGCGCUCCUGUCACCCCGCCAGAGUCCCAGUCGCCUCUCCACUUCCUGGCCGACCUGGCGGAACAGAAAUCCAGGGAGGAAAAGAAAGAAAACAAGGAGUCAGUGUUGCUGGGCAAGCCACUAAAGGAAGACAAAGAGGGCGACAGCCUGGAGGUCCUACAGCAGUGUAAAACCACCUCGCUGGUAGCGAACAGUGCAGAACAGGGCUCCACACUCAGAGACCUGCUCACCACCACAGCAGGAAAGCUCAAACUGGGCUCCACUGAUGCAGGAAUAGCUUUUGCCCCAGUCUACUCUACUGCUUCACAGCCUAGAAAAGGUGGUCGGACCAUGCCUAAUAUUCUCGAUGACAUCAUCGCUUCAGUAGUUGAGAAUAAAAUCCCCGCCAGCCGCCAGAGCAUCACUAGCAAGUUGUCAAUUAGACAAGAGCCUGUCACUCCAGGUGGCAACACCACCACUACCACCGCCACCACCAACAGCACCCCCCCAGCUGGUACCGAGGAUGCCAAACCCGACAGGAAGAAGCCUGCACCGGUUCCGUCGGCCGUGUCGGAGGAAACAACCAAUCAGUACCCAGACAUUCCCCACUGCUGGCUGAAUGGCAAACAGCUGCUGUGGCUCAAAGACCACCGCAACCAGAGCAACUGGAAGCUGUUCAGAGAGUGCUGGAAGCAGGGGCAGCCCGUGCUGGUGUCCGGGAUCCACAAGCGGCUGAACGCUGGUCUGUGGAAAGCCGACUCGUUCAACCAGGAGUUCGCCGACCAUCAAGGCGACCUGCUCAACUGCAAAGACCAGGUUUUAUCCAACUCUGGGAUCAAGGAGUUUUGGGAUGGAUUUGAGGACAUCACAAAGCGACCUAAGUCCAAGGAUGGAGAACCUAUGGUCUACAGACUGAAGGACUGGCCGUCUGGAGAGGAGUUCAUGGCCCUCAUGCCCUCAAGAUACGAUGACCUGAUGAAGAACCUACCUGUGCCAGAGUACUCUGAUCCAGAGGGGAGCCUGAACCUGGCCUCCCACUUGCCAUCGUUCUUCGUCAGGCCCGAUCUGGGGCCGAGGCUUUGCUGUGCCUACGGUGUGGCUGCUUCUCAGGACCAGGACUUUGGGACUGCCAGCCUUCACGUGGAGGUCUCUGAUGUGGUCUCUGUUCUGGUCUACGUUGGAAUAGCCAAAGGCAACGGAGUCCUGUCCAAAACUGGAGUCUUGAAGCGUCUGGAGGAGGAGGAUCUAGAUGAGGGCGUUCGAAGGAGACUCAAAGACUCCAGUGAGACGCCGGGGGCGCUGUGGCACAUCUACUUCAACAGGGAUAUGGUUAAAGUCAAAGAGUUCCUGCUCAAGCUUUGUAAGGAGCGGGGUUUGGAUGUGUCUGUGGACCAGGACCCGAUCCGAGACCAUCCCUGGUACCUGAGCAGGAAGCAGCGCCAGCGGCUGCUGGAUGAGCACGGAGUCCAGGGCUGGACUGUCGUUCAGUUCCUGGGAGACUCUGUUCUUAUACCGGCCGGUUCCAUGUACCAAGUCCAGAACCUCCACAGCUGCGUCCAAGUCAUCAACGACUUUGUGUCGCCUGAGCACGUGGCCAACUCCUUCCAGCUGACCCAGGAGCUGCGGCCCAGCAAGGAGGAGGUCAACUACGAGGAUAAACUCCAGGUGAAGAACAUCCUGUACCAUUGUGUGAAGGAGGCGGUGAGCUCCCUGAAGAGAAGCUCCUCUGAGGAGGAUGAGGAGGAGGAGAACUCAUGACAUCCCCUCUGCCUCGCUGCGCCUUCUACGCAGGGACCCGUCUCCCACCACGUCCUCCACUUCACACGGACGACUGUGUUACGUGACCGUGACGUCGUGGACUCAGGUGGGGGGGGGUGACGGUGCACUGACGGUAACCCUCAGCCACCGUCGGUGUUUUCCCGACUCCACAACAGCGAGGACGGGCGGUGAGGGAGCGAGAGGACGCCUUAUGAAGCCACCGCGCCACAGCGACGGAGGCUCGGCCGCGACGACGACACGCACACCCAGGCCUCGCACCCUCCAGACGCGCUGAAUACAGCAUCACCAGCAGACAACUGCUAAACUGUCACACGUGACGUUUUAAAAAUAAAGAAAAAAGACAAAAAAAAUGCAAGUUUCAGGGAGCAGCGUCUGCCCAGGUGCUCCCUCGUUUGUUGUUCCUUCUGUAUUCGUCCGUUUCCUUCUGUUCUUCUUCUCUCUGUCUGUUGCUGUGCUUCGAUUUCUUUUUCACAACCGUGUUUGGUUUUUCUCUGUGAAGUUGUAUUUAUUUUAAAGCUAUAUGAUGAUGCAGUGUUAGCAUUGCUGUAAAUGUGACUUGUACAGUUUAACACAUUUUUUUUUUUGGUUUCCAGUUGUAAUACGGCUCUACUGUGACCGAGGACACACACACACACACACACACACACACACGCACGCCAGCUAAUGCCUGUAAAUUUGGGAACUAUUACUGCUCUAACGUCCUCAUGCCAUAAAUACAUUUUUUAAAUGAACUGCCAAACUAUUGUAAAAAGUGUGUACAGUCGUAUUAUGUAAAAACAAACAAAAUGGCUUCUACACUUCAGCAUUUUAUGACAGAGUAUUGGCUGUAAAAUGUAGACCUUUACAAAAAAAGAUGUAAUUUAUUUAAGAAUGAAUUGUCUUGUUUUUGUUUUGUUAAGAUUUACUAUGGUGAACUUUUGAAGUUAAGAUAAAAUAAUGACGAAUUUAAAUAUAAAGUGUAAAUAUAUACAUAUAUACAUUCACUGAGGUAUUUUUUUAAAACAUGGCUUGCUUCAAUUUCAAAUUUUAAAGCGCAAGUGUUACCAUGCUUUGUACAUUGAAGUUCAAAAAGGGUUUUACAGUUUCCAUUAAAAUGGAUUUAUCAAACA